UCAAAGAGGUAUAUACUGUAUGUAUCAAAUACUUAUUUAAGAAAAUCAUGAUAAGGGUAUAUAUUAUAUAUAUAGGGUUUCCAUGCUUAUGCUGAGGGUGACAUUGGUCUUAAUGGGUAUAUUAACUGAACUGUAUGCAAAAGAAACCACACAGGACUUCAUCAGUAAAUACAACAAGUACAACACCGUCUGUCGAGGAAUGGGGUACGAAACAACUUGUAAAGGAAGAAACCAUGGGGCCAUAGCUUUCCAUGCACGAAUGUCCUCCAAUCUACAAAAUUGCGGUACCAGUGUUGUUGUAUUUGGGAGAGUAACUCUAAACUCUGGAUCCGCCUAUAACGGUAAAACAGGGAUAUUCACAGCACCACGAGAUGGCAUUUACUCCUUCACAUGGACUAUUUUGACGACGCCUGGAUCAUAUUUUAACACAGAAACUGUCAUCAAUGGAAAUGUAGUUGGUUACAAUCUUGCUAACGGUAAAGUUAGCAGUUCCCAUUACGAGUCUUCCUCCACAACAGCAGUGAUUAGAAUGAAGAAGAAAGACAAGGUCUGGAUAAGGACAUAUGGCGGGAAUGGGAAAAUGCACAUACUGACUGCUUGUCAUUCUCUGGGUUUCAAUAGUAAAUAUAGAAGUGCUUGAGAAAAAUAAAGCAAUCAAACAUUUUG